AUGCUAUUAGCGAACUAUGCUUCGGACUCGGAUUCGGAUGAUGGAUCGGACAAUGAACCUACUUUACCGACCACCAAAACGUCGACUUCCGCAAUUGCCAAACCGCCAAUCAACAUAAAUACAGUAGUCUCAAAACCUGUGGUUGGAAAAGCAAAAAAACCUAUAAAGAUCACACUUGGUCUACCGAAAUCGGCUGGAGACGAUGUCAAACCUGUCAGUGGCCAAGAUGAGGAGGACGGUAUUUCAGAUGGAGAGAGGGAGAGGAAGAAACCAAAGAUUGCGGGUGGGAAAGGAGGAUCAUCUUUACUUGGAAUGCUCCCUCCUCCUAAACGUAAACUACCUUCUGCAGCAAUAUCGAAAGGAUCGAGUCUGAAAGUAAAUAAAUCAAUGGCAAACUCGGCAUCUUCAUCAUCUGCUUCUCCAUCAAUAAAUGUGCCUAAGCCGUUGUUGGCGAGUACAAAAGCAUCUACCUCGAUUACCAAUAAAAUCCUGAAUGAAGAUGAUGAUGAUGAGCAUGACGAGAAAUUCUUACCUCUCAGUUUAUCUAAAAAAGCUCAGGCUCAAAAAGGCAACCAGGAAGAAUUUGACUUAUUUGGAUUAUCUUUGGCCUCAGCAGUACCUCCAAUCUCAUCUGUCGCCUCGUCAUCAUCAUCCUCAUCAGUCAAACCACCUUCAAUCUCUUCCGCUCCCUUAGCACCAGAUUACGUACCUCCUGAACCCACAUCCAACGAUCCUUAUCCUGGCUAUUAUCAACUUCCUUCAGGUGAAUGGAGAGCAUAUGAUCCUGCAUAUUACACGUCCUUCUUCUCUUCUUCCAGCAAGAAUGGUGAACAACAAGAUGAAGAAGAUGACGGUCGGAUCGGUAAACAUUGGAAGGACUUUGAUAAUGGUCGUUAUGGAGGAAACGUAGUUGAAAUAAGCGCUAUGAAAGGCCUGGAAGAAGCUAGAAAAGAAGAAGAAAGGAGAAAUCUUAGUAAAAAACCUAAAUUCCAAGAUGAUUCUUUCGAAUACAAACCACUCGGUCAAGUCAAAGGUCUCGCUUCGCAAAGACAUCAACUCACAUCAUUGCUCGAUACUGCUUAUACUCAACGAGAAGAAUUGGAGGAUCGUAUUGCUCAAAACAAGAAGAACAUGCGUAUGGCAGGAACAAAGUAUGGAUUCUGA